GAGUCCUGCCCAGAUGUCCAGGAACACCUUCAGAGACUGGCUGCAGCUCACAGGUUCAAGUUAAUCCUUCACUGUGAGCAGGUGCCCCAAUUGCAGAGCUAUGAAUCUCUCAGAAAAACAUUUCUUCAGCCAACCUGCCCUCUUAUUCUUCCUAUACUUAUGUAUACUUAUGUCCCUCUCCACCUUCUUGCACCUGUACAACAAGAUGCCAAACCAGUGGUGGAGGGUCAAUAUGAAGGACACAUCCAAUUUCCUAUUUACGGGACUGCCUGUUUUCCUCACCAACUCCUCCAGUUCUUCCAGCUCAUUCUCUAACACUACCCAUAAUUCAUCCAGUUCACCCUCUAAGAUUACAGAUAGUGGUAUAUGGACGGUGAACUCCAUUGGCCGCUUGGGGAACCAGAUGGGGGAAUACGCCACCCUCUAUGCCUUAGCCAAGAUCAAUAACCACCAAGCAUACAUCCUUCCUGCCAUGCACCAGUACUUAGCACCAAUAUUCCAGAUCUCUUUGCCUGUGAUCCAUGCUGAAGUGGCUAAAAAGAUCCACUGGAAGAACUACAAUCUGCAUGAUUGGAUGUCAGAGAAUUAUAAUCAUAUCCAAGGCAAAUAUGUCAGACUGACGGGCUACCCUUGUUCUUAUACCUUUUAUCACCACAUCCGCCAAGAGAUACUCCAGGAGUUCACCUUCCAUGACCACGUAAAAGAAGAGGCCAAUCAAUACCUUCAGGAGCUGAGAGGGAAACGCCAGGAGGUGACAUAUGUUGGAGUGCAUGUCCGGAGAGGGGAUUAUGUCAGGGUGAUGCCCAAUAUCUGGAAAGGUGUUGUGGCUGACAGAGGCUAUCUGGAGAAAGCCAUGAACUACUUCAGAGAGAAAUACCUCAAUCCCAUCUUUGUGGUGGCCAGCAAUGGGAUGGAGUGGUGCAAGCAAAACAUUAAUGCCUCCAAGGGGGAUGUUUACUUUGCUGGGGAUGGACGAGAGUCAUCACCAGGGAGGGAUUUUGCUCUCCUGGCUCAUUGCAAUCACACAAUAAUGACCAUUGGCACUUUUGGCAUCUGGGCUGGCUAUCUGGUUGGUGGGGAGACUGUCUACUUGGCCAACUACACCCUUCCUGACUCUCCUUUCCUCAAGGUCUUCAAGCCCUCGGCAGCGUUCUUGCCUGAAUGGAUUGGGAUCCCAGCAGACCUUUCCCCUCUGCUAUCCAAGCAACCUGCUGAAGUCCAGAAGCCAUAA